GGAACCAUGCCAGGACAUUUUGCAACGGGCGAACGACCGACGGCGUUUCGCAGCGCAAUCUCAGCAAUUGGACGGAGGAGCGUUGAGUGCUGGUGCCAGGGCAAUUACUUGACUUUUUCGUUUGUUUUAAAAGAAUGAUCUGAGAUUUCUCAUCGUCAGAUUCUGUUGUUAGUAACGUCCCCGUCAGGUCUGUCGUUCCGUUUGACAUCCUUCACCAGCUAACCCGUUCCAGCAUUUCUUGAAUUGCUGUCAGCUAUGCUCCAACCACGCUUGGCCCUCAGGGGCAUUCAGCUCCCAUUUAGGUGUCUACGCUCCAUUCCGAUCCGAUCCUAUGCCACUGUUGUCAACGAAUUCGAGCAACCCCCGGCCGAAGAAGUACCGUCAAGCUCCACAUUUGACCCCAGCAUCGCUUUUGCUCCUCCACCUACUCGUGGCGAUGCUGGUGUGCAAAUCCGAAAAUACAAACCGCGGACGCCUGGUAUCAGACACUUGCGGCGGCCCAUCAAUGACCAUCUCUGGAAAGGGCGUCCCGUCCAUCGAUUGACUUUCCCCAAGAAAGGUCAUGCCAAGGGUGGUCGCAACAACACCGGCAGAGUAACGGUUCGUCACCAUGGUGGUGGUCAUAAGCGUCGUAUACGGACAGUCGACUUUGAGCGGGCGGCACCGGGGCCACAUCACGUAGAGCGAAUUGAGUACGAUCCUGGACGCAGUGCCCAUAUUGCUCUUGUGCGCAGUCAAGAAACCGGCAAACUGAGCUAUAUUGUAGCAGCCGACGGUAUGAGAGCUGGUGAUGUGGUUCAAAGCUACAUGUCAGGUAUUCCGGAAGACUUGUGGAAGAGCAUGGGCGGUGUUGUGGAUCCUGGUGUGCUCGCCGCGAGAACGGCUUGGAGAGGAAAUUGUUUACCGCUACAUAUGAUUCCGGUUGGGACACUGAUAUUCAAUGUUGGGCUGCAGCCAGGAAAGGGAGGAAAACUGUGUCGUAGCGCUGGCACUUUUGCAACCGUCAUUGCCAAGGGCACUCAAUCUCAACAGAAGGAGGAAGAGAUGCAAACACAGGAAUCUGGUGACCAAAAGGAGAAGCCCAAGCCUUUAACUCAGCGUGAAAAACAGAAGCGCGAGCGUGCCGUGCAGCAUGUUACCAUUCGUCUCCAGAGUGGUGAAGUUCGACUUAUCCACAAGGACUGCUGUGCAACUAUCGGUGUUGCUAGUAACCCUAACCACCAAUACCGUCAACUCGGAAAGGCCGGACGAUCACGCUGGCUGAAUAUCAGACCCACAGUUCGUGGUGUUGCUAUGAACGCCGCUGACCACCCUCACGGUGGUGGUAGAGGAAAGUCCAAGGGUAAUGUCGACCCGAAGAGUCCUUGGGGUAAACCGGCAAAAUCCGGCUACAAGACCCGUCCCAAGUGGAAGGUCAACAAGGCAGUGGUCGUUCCCAGGGUUCGCAACCAGGGCAAGCGUCGCAGAGGAUACAAUUAGGCCAGGCCGUCGUACUCUUCCCCCCUUUCUCUUUACGAUCAUACCACCAUGUGUGCUAUCCGGCAGGUUUCUGUCGAAAGAAACGCAGAUGACUUUUGCUGCUUGAUUCUCUCCGCAAUGUUUUUAUUUGUGACUAUUCGGGACUGCGCAGGAUGGAUUUUCUGGUUCCCUUGUACUAUACUUCGAUUGAACAAAAUUAGGAGCAUAGCGAUGCUCUUCCGUAUUAGAAACCUGUA